CGCCGGAGAGGAAGCGGCCGCCGCCGAGCAGCGGGGCAGCCCGGACGGCACCCUCGCUUUGGCAGUGAGGACGAUGCCAGCCAUCAACAUCGAGGACCUGAGCGAGAAGGACAAACUGAAAAUGGAAGUGGAGCAGCUCCGGAAAGAAGUGAAGCUGGAGAGGCAGCCGGUGUCCAAGUGCUCCGAAGAGAUCAAGAACUACAUCGAGGAGCGGUCGGGCGAGGACCCGCUGGUGAAGGGGGUUCCCGAGGACAAGAACCCCUUCAAGGAGAAGGGAGGCUGUGUCAUCGCUUAGGAAAACGAACCCAGCGCCUGCCACCGGAGCAGACACUUGUACCCGUAGGGAGUCACCAGCGUGUCCCCACCGCCGCCCGUCCUUGUUGAACGAGCACAGGAGCGGAUUUCUUUUUCUUUUUUUCCUUACAAAAAUAAAGAAACCAACCCGAAAGCAGCCGAGAGCCGCGUCGGUCGCUCGGCAGGGACGGCCGUCCCUCCUCCCGCGGCUGGGACGGCUCCUUUCGCUCCGCGGCGCCCGC